CAAUUCUCUCUCCUGUUCCCUCCUCCCGCCCCACAUCACUAAUACUUAGAUGACUUGUUGUUCUCCUCUUCUUUUUGCUGAGAGGGCAAGCGAAGAAUCAUCCAUCGUAGCUGUCGUCUCAGAACGCCAGCAUUUGGCAAAAAGCCCCUUUUGGCCUUUCAUGGAAGGCUUUUUAAUUCAAUGGGGUUUGGGAAGGCAGGCCAGGAACGCAAGUUCCUGUACCUUGGCUUUUCAAUCCAGGGAUCUGUGGGAAAACACAAAUAUAGAGGCACCAGACUAGCAAGGACCGUCCUAUUGUAUCCCUGCAGAAGCGGCAGAAACCAGGAGAAAUUGGACUUCACCAUCAUCUAAGGACCCUUGUCUAUCCUGCCGUUUCAUUUUUACACGGAGAUGUUCUCGGAAUCCCAUCACCAUGAAACCAAUAUUGACACUGAAAAGAAGAGAGGACUCCUUUCAUCAACCCAAAUCUCAUGGACGCAAUUGGGUGAAGAUUUUCCAGCUCCAAAAGCUGUGGUAGACAAGCCUCUUUCUCCACCACAACUUGUGGACCACAAAGAAAAGAACCUUUGCAACUGGAUGGACUCUGGUUUCUACUUAUCUGAAAGCGAAGAUCUGCAAGAAAGCCAAGGCAAAGCAGCAGCUCUUUCACCUCCCUCAGGAAUGGCCCAAAUGACCGUGCAAAAUUACAUGCGAUCCCUGCAUCAGUUUUCAGAAAUGCCGGUCCUUUCGCGAUGGAAUAGUGCUGGCUCAUCCCAUUCCCUUCCCAGUGCCCCAAAAAGUGUUACUGAAUGGUUAGAUUUCUCGGAAAAGGAUCCAGUUGAGAUUCUGCUGGAUUUGGGGUUUGGUACAGAUGAGCCGGACAUCUGCACUAAAAUCCCUUCCCGGUUCAUCAGUUGUGCUUCCAUAGCUAAAGGAAUCAACAUCCGGGUCUUCAUUGAAGCUCAAAGAAAACGAAUGGAUAUAGAAAGCCCCAAUUUAUGUGGACGUUUUCGGCAAUUGGAAGUCCUGGAUCAUGUGACUAGCGCCUUUUCUUCCUUGCUGAAUGACAUCAACACCCUGCAUCAUAAGUCAGAAGAGGGAACCGGAGAGGAGAAUUGUGCAGUGGGCUCUCCGAAGCGGAAACUUGUGGUCACACAGGCAAAGAGGAGGAGAAUAGGUCAGCUGCUGAGAAAAGUGUCCAGGCAGACAACAAUGCAUGGCCCUCAAGUGUACCGAAAUGCUGGCACAUGCCAGGCCAAAGAAGACAAUUCUUCUGUUGAUGUGGACCUGCACAUGGCAAUGCGGACUGGCUUGUCUGAAAACCCUGCCUUGGUCCCUCUGAAAGAAGAACCGUUUCCAAGUGAGAAGGAGGCAAAGACUCCACAAUCCAUAGCAAGUAAACCUUGGGUGUUGCCUCACCUUCCAGUGAAACUGCCUCAUCUUCCUUCCACCUCUGAGAUGCUCAUUAAAGACAGACCACGCAAAGAACCCAAUAUCCUUUUGACCCAUACACUCAGGAGAGUGUCUAGCUUAAACUGCAAGCCUUCAGAUUCCUUUGAAAUGGAGGAGAUCCAGAGCUUUGAGGAUGAAUCUUCCUGGGGAAAUCCUCUUGAAAGCACUUCAGAUGUGAUAGUGACAAGAACAAACAGUUGCCAGUCUGACAGCAGUGGAUUUCUGGAAGAUCCUUCAGAGCCCUUACCUCUCCAGGGCUUGUCUCUGCCUGGUAAUUUGAGACUUAGCUGCGGUUCCAAGGAUUGUCAAGCAUUCCUGCGACAGAGGAAAGAUUCUGCUCUGACUAGCCAGGAUCUUCUGCCCAGUGCUAGCGUAUCGAGAGCAGAUGGUAGCAAUGCUAUCUUCUUGCCCAGCCUCAGCAGAGAACACACUUUUCAGGGAGAGGAUAUAUUUUAUUCCAUAAAUGAAGAAGAUGAUAUGUGUGAGACUUGCAGUGGUCUGUUUGAAAGCGCAGCUGAAGAAACCCUACAGGAUAUGGAUGAGGAGGAGUUGCAAGGACAACAGAAGAGAGAAGAUAGUGGUGUACAAGGCUGCAGUUCACGACCUUGUCAUACUGACAAUAGCCCUUUAGAUAGGAAAGACCUCUCCUCCUCUAGUGAAAGGCACCAAAGUGUAAGUUCUGCUCUCACAGAGGGAAGCAGUGGCCACCAAAUCAGUAAAGAUACAAGAGGAAGUGAAGAAUGUUUGACUGAAGGGGAGGAAACGAGAGACGGGUGUGAAGAAGGUGUUCCCGAAAGUAUUGCAGAAUGUGUGGAAGGAAAGUACUCUGUGAAGGGUUGUAGAAAGUUGGACUUCCUUGUUGUGGAGGACGUUGCAAGUGGAUGUCAGGAGACUGGUAUAAAUGGGGCGGUUAGAUCUUUGGAUAUAUCUGGAGCACCCAAAAUUGAGUGUGACACGGUGGCUUCACAACCAGAGAUCAAUGCCAUCUUGAGAAGCCCUCUUCAUGAUUCUAGCCUUUCCCUUCACUGCUUCGAAGAGGGGGACAUUAGAGCCUCGGACACAUUGUCAACAGGUGCGGAACUGGGAGAAGAAGGAACUGGUGCUAAAACAAAUACUAGCCUUUCAAAAUCUGUCACUGUUCAGAUGCCUUCAAGACUUAUGUCAACGAUGCGGAGCUUCUCACUGGGUGAAGCUGCUGUAAAAGGUCAAUAUCUGGAUUUCGCAUCCAAGGAUGAGCCUCAAAUUGCAUCAGUACCAGGUAUGCCCAAAGAGGACGAGAAACGAGUGAGAGAAGCUUCUAUUCAGACUGAAAGGAGCCACAGAAAGAAAGCAGCUCUCCCUCUGUCUCAGAGUCUCCCUUCGUUUCAUGGGCAUGGACCUCUUGUGAAGUCUGCAUCUCUGGAUACAGGGCUUUAUGGGAAAUACAGAUCUUACUGCCGGGAGCCUUUCAAUGCCUGGUGUUCCCAGCAUAGAGGUUCCUGCUACCCUUUGUGCUCCCAUCACUGCUGUUUGCUGUGGCCUUUUCCUUUAGCUCCUUCAUGCAGACAUCCAGUGGCCUGCUUCUCAUCUCAUGCCACCAUCGAACUGCAGCUUCUGAAAACUCUCAAGCUAUUGCAGGACACAGCAAUGAGAAAUAUUUCCUCGUGUACAGUCCAUGAAAUCGAAGUCAUGAGGAAUUCGUGCCAGAAGUUUCGAGAACGGCUGGAUGAGAUUGAGCAGCACAUGACGGAGCAAGAGGCUCUCUUUUCCAGUGCGAUGUCCACAGAGGGGCGAGAGGAAAGAAGACAGCUGCAGGUCUUGCGGCAAGCUGUUCGCCGAGAGGUCGCUGAACUGGAAGGGCAGCUGCAGGAUCGGGCUCGCCAGGUUAGGGAGGGAAUUCUAAUGCAGCUGAAUCAGCUAUUAGGCGAACAGUCCAACCUGUGCUCAGAACUUGGAAUUCCCGAUCGGACUGAAGAAAGAGAGCCUAAAAACGGGCACGCUCACAGUACUCUUCCAGAUGCUGCUGACGAUUUCUUCUCCAGAGCUGGGUAUUCCAAUAAUCUCCACCACAGGCCUCCGAGUAGGAGUGCAACAGUCCCGUCAAGCCCCUCCAGCUCUUCAGUCAGACAAACGGAGCAGAAGGCAUCAACUGCUCUUGCAACCGGCAAGGCCAAUUCUGCGUCGGACCCCAAGGAACUUCACACCAGUAAAAAAGAAGUCAAAAGUCAAAAGAUAGACUUCAAGGCCUUCAUCCAGAAUCUGAAGAAAUCUUUCCGAAAUUCUUUCAGCAACGACGCAGCAGAAGGAAAAGACUGAGGCAGGGCAAUCCCCCCCGACCCGCUACCCCACGAUGUUUUUCUGCAAGAGGAUCUUUUGAACCACCUCACAAGAUUGGAGAGGAUUUCCCAUAAAUGUUCAAAAUGCUUUUUUUGCGAGAGAGCAUAUCGAAUAGAGAUGUAUACUGGGGGAAGUCCUGGAGGGCGAGUGUCGAGAGGCGAGUGCCGAAGAAGUCGUCGUAAGAGAUUUAUUGAAGGCAAUAUCUAGAUGGCUCUUUUGCUAUUGAAGAUUUUGUGGUCUUUAAUAAGGCCUGCCUAGUCCAGCGUCCUGUUCCCACUUUGCCCAACCAAGUGCCUUAACCCUCUUUCUUAUAGGACUAGUGCCAGGAACAAAGGGAACUUGGAUAGUUAGCCAUUUUGUGGUUUCCUCCAAUAAGGAAGGCUGUCUCUGAACAUUUGAUUUCCAGCUACAAGGCACCACCUAUUGGUAGGUAUUUAAAAUAGCAGAGACAAGAACUUUUCUCACAGCUAUGACACCAGAAAUCUUCUUCUUAAUGAGGGCUGUAUUUCUACAGUAUAUGCUUGGAAUAUUAAUUUUUCUUUUACUCCAGCAAUGUGUUUUGUGGGUUCUUCAGGAAAAAAUGUCUAGAUUUGGCCUUUUUUUUAGUUUAACAUUUUGAAAGUUUCCUGGCCUAAUAAUCAAACCCAGUAAAAAAAGACAGAAAAAGAGAUGCAUGACUCUGCCUAAAUCUCUGUGUGCUUUAAUUUGGAACUAAUACAUAUUCUGCUUUUUCAAAAUA